AUGAAAUUAAUUAAGAAGAAAGACAUUUUUCAGAACAUUAACACAGAAUAUGAUAUUUCUGCACAAGUACAAAGAAAAUUACUAAAUGGAAAUGCACAGUUCAUUAUUGAUUUGGCCAUUAAUCUAGAACUGAAUUCAUAUUCUACAGUAUCCUUAGCGAUCCAUUUGUGUAAUUAUUUCUUUCAUUAUAAAUGCUAUUUACAAUAUGACAGAUUUAUUGUUGCAGCUGCCUCCCUCUUGUUAGCUUAAAAAAUUAAAGAUGGCGAUCCAAGAAUGAGAAAAUUGCUAAUCAGCUUUCAUAAAAUUAUGUAAUCAAUUGAACAAACAAGAAUGGCAAAUGAGGCUCUAAUGUAAUCAUUAUAAAACAAGCUCUGCAUAGCUGAAAGUAGAAUCUUAAAAGUAAUUGAAUAUGAAUUCGAUAUCAAAUUACCCAAUGACUACAUUGAGGUAAUCUGUAAAAAAUGUGUGCCAAAAAAAUUUGAAGAAGCCACUUUUCACACUCUCAAAAUCUUGAUUCUUGAUUCCUAUCGCACCUAUGCACCCUUGGUGUUUCAUUCAUGGGUGAUCUUAGUAGGCACUUUUUUAGUGGCAUCUUCUUAAUUUUCAUACACUCCAUACAUGUCGCCUCCACCUUAAUUGAAUAUGCCACAAACCACUAAUGAAGAGGAAGCCUAUAAAGUAUGGCUUGAAUAUGUUGAAAGCGAACUUAGAGACUUUGAGAUCAAUAAACUCAAUAAUACUAAUACAAAAUAGCCAGAAAAAACAACCAUUCUAAAAUAAGAAGAUCUAAAAGACUUUCUCCUUGCCUUUAAUGAAAUGCUGUUUCUAAACUAGGGCCCAGAAUCAUAACAACAAUAACUUUAAUCCUAGCAAACAUUACAAUAAUCAUGA